AUGCCUGCUAAGAAAAGAAAGCCACAAGAAACUGCUGAUAACAAAGAAACUGUUAAAACUAGUCCGGCGAAAAAAUCGAAGAAAGCCACAGAAACAGACGCUAUCAGUUUCAAACUCAUUGUUGAAUAUUGGUAUGAAACAGUAUUCAAGCGCAGGGCUGAAACAGUAGUAGCAGACUUGCGCCAGACCUUUGGUGAGGUGGAAGUGGAGUUCAAUCCUUCCAAACCUCGCCGUGGAAGUUUUGAGUUUACUCUGGUUAAGGAGGGAAAGGCAACCUUGAUAUGGACAGGGGUAAAGAAAGGACCACCUAGGAAGAAUAAAUUCCCAGAAACACCAGAUCUAAUUAUUGAGGAAAUCAAAAAGAAUCUAUAAGUUGUGAAAAUUGUAUAUAGAAAGAAGAAUAAUGACAUUGCAAGGAUUCUAGACGCAAUAUCUCACCAGCUAUUUCAACUUGAUUGAUGUUUUUGGUAUAGAAGUUUAAUGAAAGAAAUAAGUAAAAAGGGAGAUAACUCUCUACUUAUUACUGGAAAUGUUGUUUAUCUUCUAGCAAGAACAAAGAUUGACUUGUUUAUGUAUGUGAAAAAAGGUGACAAU